AUUCAAAGUUGGAGGAGUUCAGUAUGGAUGCUGGGGAAGAAACUGGUGGCAGUACCAACUUAAAGAGGCAGAGAGAACCUCUGUCAGAUUCAGAAGACAACAUUGUCUCAGCACCAGAGAUGAAAGAUGGUCUGAAACGGCGCCGUCUUGAAGCAGCUGGCCAGGAGAACUGUAGUCCCAGACCAUCUACAUCUGGACGUCUGGCUGAGCUAAUGGCAAAACCAGACACACCAAUGAUUCCCUCGGUCCGUUCCCGGGUUCAGCUGCUCUCCCAGAGAGGAAAUGGUCUGCGUUGCCACUCUGAUCCUGGAGCUGAAGACCCACCGGUUCUCAACAAGGGUGUCAAAGAACAUUUUCUUGGUAAAGAUGAAUUUAAUCAACGAAUGGAGCGUUUUAAAGCACCACUCGCUUCAGCCAGCCACACCCCUACACAAAGUCCCACCAACCCCUGCCAACGGACUGGCUCCGGCUUUGUGUCUGAAAUUCAGCAGAAACUCCAGUGCACAACAACACCCAGCUCUAAGCAAGCUUCCCUUAUACGACAGGAACGAGAAAUGGAGUUGAACCAGUUACCUUUCCAGCCUAUCAGCAAAAAUGCCUGGGUGAAAAGGAGCAGCUCUGAUUCAUCAAUAAUUCAGGCAAGGACUCCUGCUCACUCCUCGUCAUCUUCAAUUCUUAGAUCUAAAGGGAAAUUUUGUUGGCCUCCCUUGCAGCCCUCAGAUCAGGUUCACGGUGAUGCUGAGAUGAAAGAUGGUAGUUUUACUGAAACUCUUACAUCAGCUGCAGAAAAACUUUCUGUUAAUAUGAUGGGUGAUGGAACUUCUUCAGAGGCUCCCACUGCAUCUGCAGAGUUUGUAUUCUUCGAUGAAGGAGAUGAACAGAAAUCUCACGAUGGUGAGGAAGAUGAGAAUAAGAGAGAGCGCAAGUCUGCACCUAUGAAUAAAGAAGAGCAGCCAGGUUCCCAGCAUCCAGAGACCCAGACUAUGUUAGAGUUGUCUUUCAGUGAGGAGCACAGUUUGUCAGAGCUGCAUAAAGCUGAUAAGCACAAUUUUUUACAGUCAAGUCUUCUAGACGAGUCAAACAUGAAGGAAACACAUAAGGUUUCUGAAGAAACUGAAGUGAGCAUGUCUGAGGGGUUUACUUUUGAUGAAAGUGAGACUGUGGACAAUUUGUCAUAUGGUGAGGAGUUAAAUGAGCCUUCGACUGAUGAAGAAUUAAGGAUUUGGAUAUAUCCUCAAAGCAGGGCUGAAGAAUCUGUCACAGCAGAAGAAAAGCAGGUGUUUACUAAAGAGAAUGAAGAGGUAUUAAAAUCACCCAGAGAGGACAAAGAGAAAGGAGACAGCUCUAUGAAUUAUCAGAAACUUACCGAUAUUCAAGGUGUUAAAUUUAGUUCAUCUGCAGAUGUUUCCAGUGAGUUGGCUGGCUUUCCCAAACCGCAAGAAGGUGUGAAACCUGAAAUAGGACAUGGUGUAGAUAACUCUGCAAGAGGAAAAUCUGAUUUAAACAGUAAUGAGGGGAACAUGGAAUCCUCUGAAGGAUGCUGUGAGGAAAUGCCAACCCAAAAUGAUGACACAUUUCAACAGUCGCAGGAGAGCCCAGCAGUCCAUGUACAAUAUGAAGCUCAAGUUUUAGAAGAAACACAAUCAGGGAAUGCAGACCAGGGGUCAGACUUGCAUGAGAUGGAGACCAAUUCAACAGAAGGAAGGCAGGAUGUUAUAGAUGAACUGACAGCACAAACUCACAAGUCAGAAAGCUCAAGGAAAGUCACUUUUAUCCUGGAGCCUGAGCUGAUCAAUAGCUCCACUCUGACUGAAAGCGAUACAUCAAUGGAGUCCAGGACAGAGACGAGUCUGUCAGAUGCUGGAUUAAGCUCCCAUGAUGAGACCAACACAUCUGAAACAAGUGAUAAGAUGUUCGACGAGAUGCUGGAAUGUGCUGGAGGAGAAAAGGAACAACUUGCAGAAGACCAUGACAGUGGUAUCGGUGCUUGCUCUGGAGUCAAGGACAAGAUGGACCCAGAUGUAGAGAAUAGGAAAAGUGAAAAAGAGGAUAAGGAGGGUGAUGAGAGCGGAAACCUUGACAGUACCGAAGAUGAGCUCACGUUUCCUGAAAUCCUCUCUCCUCUCAGCAAGUCUGUUGAAGCUGCAGUCACCCCUCUGCGUCUGGCAGCAACUCAGCAGUUUGAUCCUCCAUCCUUUCUCUUGACCCAAGAAAAAAACAGCUCCACUUCUGCUGAAUGUGCUCCUCUGUACAGUGUUGAUGCAUACCGCACACAAAGACAGAGUAAGCUACUGACCAUCCAGAGCGUGGCUCCUGCUGUUCAGAGACAGACACUGGAGCUGACCAAACCUCAGUCAUCAGUCAACACUAAGGAGAAAAUUGCAGCUCUUAAUGAAGAAGCGUCAAAACUACAGUCAGUGAUUAACCAGACAAUACAAGCUCUGAGCUUCUGUACAGAUGAAGAACAUGGUCGCGGCUCACUGGAAGAGGCUGAAGCUGAGAAACUGCUGCUUGUCUCCUGUGAGAAACACUCUGCUCUGCUGGCAGAGGUAGCCAGACUGAGAGAGGAGAGGAACUCUGAGUCUGAAGAAGCAACUAAGGAGGACAAAGAGCACAAUCCCCAGCAGCCCUGCAGAGGGACUGUCAGCAUCACAAACAUCCAGCUGCCUCUGAAGGUGGAAUUCGUCUGCUCCUCACAAAACCGUACUGGUCGACCAACCCACUACUUCUUUGUUUUGAUUCGCUAUGGUCCAUGCAACAUUAUCGCCACACCACUGGCCACAGCAGCUGAUGCUCAAAAUGGAGAUGCUAUCUCUUUCCCCACGUCUGUCACAAUGAAAGAUAUUCGCUCCUCUUUUGAGAUUGAUGUGGAAGUCUACAGCCUGUCUCAUACAUCAGGUGUUAGCAGCACCRCAGACAAAGUUACCACCAAGUCACGCGUCACACCAAGGAAGAUUCUGAGUACGAUCACGAAAUCCAGCAACACUUUGACAUGUUCYUCUUCUGCCAACGCUCGUCGCUCCAGUAACUUUUGUCUCGUGGGCUCCCAUAAGAUCACUUUAACCUCACUGGGACACAACAAGUUUCCCUUGGAUAAAAUGAAAUUUGAAGGCAAAAUCAGGAGGCUGCUGGGAGAUGAAUUUCAGGAUAAGGUUCCUUUCCUCUCACCUCUAGAGGGCAAUAUCUAUCUAAAACUUGACAGCGAAGGUCACUCUGAUGUUCAGCACCAAGGCUUUCUGACAAUGUUUGAGUUGGUUAGUGGAUUUGGGGUGUGGAAUCGCCAGUAUUUUAUUCUGGAGGGAUGCAACAUGUACUACUGGAACCACCCAAAUGACAAAGAAACCAAGGAAGCCAUAGGCAGCAUCUUCCUGUCCAAGUUCCCCAAUCAGUGCGUCAGGCCUGUGAAGAGAGAUGCAUGUGCUCGACCUUUCACCUUUGAGCUGGUGGAAAAAGUCCCACAGCUAGAUGAUCAAAACCAGGAACCAUUAUCAAAGUGUUGGUUCUCAGCUGACACCAAGCAGGAGAGAUUGGAGUGGAUGGAGAAACUCAACCAAGCUCUCUUGGACUUCCACACAUGGAAACAACCCCAACCAGAAACUCAGCAGCCAAGCAYGUUCAGCAGGGGAAACCUGAGGGAGAGUAUAUUGUAACACGUUACUUUAUCUGUGAUCCAUGAAAGCCUCCUGGACUCGUCUUACCUGGCAGGUAGAUGAGCUCAUCUAGGUUUGGAGCUGCAGUAAAGAUGACACACAUGACAUAACUAUUCCUUUGGGAGAUAUAUAUUAAGUUUCUAUGUAUUUCUUUUAACCUGAAUCUAAUUAUUAUUGUUUGUUGGUUUUCAUUUUUAUUUGUAAACUCACAGUUGCCAUUAGAAAUUUUUUUUUAAGUUUUAUGUAAUCAGAUUUCUGUAAAUCUGGUUUUAUGUUGAACUUUGUUUCUUUUUGGCAAUCAGCUGCUUUAGCCUUUUUAAUGGCAAUAAUUUGUCACUUUCAAUAGUUAAGGUGAGGUUUUUCUUGUAGCCUAUAUACAAUUUUUAUCAUUUGGAUUCAGGUCCUGUUUCUUUUAUUGCUUAAACGUGAACAAAUGUAUAUUGAUACGCUAAUGCACAAAUCUGUAACUGUAAUAAACUAAUAAAUGGAUGGAGUGAAUUUGAAAAGGCAAGAAGCAGUAGAAAUGGUUAAAUGUAGAUGUAUUAAGACCCCCCCCCCCCCACCUCCAAUCUUUUGAUGAAGCUGUUGCUUUUGUGCACAAUUUGUUGAUUAGAAGUCGAGGUAAGCACAAAGGUUGUUCACCUGAGCCAAUAGCCACAGAUGUGUAUGUCCAGUAAUUUACUAAAUUAAUUUCAUCAGGAUUAA